AUGGCGGGGCUGUGGCUGCAAGCGCUGCUCUUCGGCCUCUUCUCGGCGCUCUCCCUUCCGCUUGGCGCCCUGCUGGGGAUUGCGCUGGCACCAGUCUCGAGCAAGGUCACAGCCCGAUGGAUGGCCUUUGGCUCUGGCGCACUGGUCUUUGCCGUGGCCACACAGCUAUAUGGCGAAUCGCUCUUCCGUCUGGCAGCCUCCACGUAUGGCCCGCAUCCUGGAUGCGGCCCUUCUUGCAAGGACCACUGCACCAAUGUGAUACUGCAGAUCAUUAGCGCAAUGAUUGGGGCCUGUCUUUAUCUGGCCCUGAACCGCUGGCUGGAGGGCCUAGGAGAGCGGGCGCCUCGAGAUGCAGCGAUCACCACACGGCUGGAGCCCAUCUGCGACUCGAGCGUGGAGAUGGGCGCUGACGUCCAGAUCCCACCUAUCGCAGCGCUCUCGUCCUUUAGGAGAGCUUCCACACAAGGGGCACGAGGGGAGAUGGCCAGUCCCAGUGCCAGCAGUGUGGCUUUGUCCAUGUGGCUUGGCAUGAUGUUGGACGGCAUCCCAGAGGCCUUGAUGCUCGGGUUUAUGACCAACGAGGGUGCUGUCACGUUCUCAUUCCUAAUCGCCAUUUUCAUUGCCAAUUUCCCUGAAGCCUUCAGCGGUGCCAGCCUGUUGCUUGAAAACCGGAUGCCCGUGAGCAAGAUUAUGGGGAUGUGGCUGGUGCUCUUUGCGUUGACUGGGCUGCUGGCCAUGCUUGGCUCCCUUCUGAUGCCUACAAAUGUGGCACGAGGAUCGGACCUGGCGCGGAAGCGAGACAAGGUCACCGCUAUAAUGGAGGGCCUCACAGGUGGCGCCAUGCUCGCAAUGGUCUCCACUGCUAUGCUGCCCGAAGCCUUCAAAGGCGCCGGGGACCGAGCCGGGCUUCUCUUCGUGCUGGGCUUCGGCCUCUCAGUGUGGAUCACGUGUUUGGGCUACCGGUUUGGGAGCCCCCAGGAGAUGUGA